UCCUCCAAAGCAACUUAGAAUUGCUUUUCUUGUUGAGACCAUUUCCUGUUAUUCUGUGAAACGGAGCUGAGAGAGGAACACCAUGGUUACAGGGCUCAUCCUCCCCCUCUGUCAAGUUAAUGUACAACAGGAAUUACUGGGGAAACCAUCACAACUAGGGAAGAAGGUGCUGCCUUCAAGUGGCAGUGUGGUUUGCAGUGAGAUUUGGGGGAUUUUCCUGCACCACGAGGUGCUGUCUGUCUGUUCCCAUGCUGUAAGCUUGGACUGUAGCAUCAGUACUUGCACACCAAAUCUUGGAGUGGUCUCAAACUGUGACAGAGCUGAUUUGUGUCUGCAGAAACACACUUAGAAAAGGUGAAACAUCAGUUUUUUUGUUGUUGUUGGUUUUUUUUUUUUUGGUCUGUUUCCUCUGAAGCAAAAGCAACAAUGAGACUUGAAACUUGUGGGGAGGAAAUAAAGACUGUGCUUUUUUCAUGUGCGUGAUAAGUAAUUUCACAAACACAGAGAAACCACGUGUGGGUGCCUCUGCUGAGCAUGCAGGAAAAGGCAGAGACAUGGAAUGUCUGUUCAGAGAUCUGUCAGACCCUAGAAAUGCAGACAGUUCUGGUGUCACCAUUACAGUGACAGCAGAAAUCAGAGGUUCAACAACCCCACAGCCAUCAUUGCAAUUAAAAGUGAUAAAAAGGAAAAAUACAAUGUCACAAUGUACCAGCUUACAGUGAACGUACAUCUCCAGCUUGCAGCACGUUGUUUGUUUUAGGGAGGAUGCUGUCCCUAGAAAGCUAUGUAAGCAUUCUGUACCAAGCAGAAUGUUUUUCCUAAAGCUGGUAUCUCUGUCUGGCUUCAGUUCAGAAGAAUAUUUUAGCAGAGAAUUCCCAUAUGCAGAAAUGAACCUGUGGGAUCUGAGCUGAUAAAUCUCAUCAGUCAAAGAGAGCAUAAAAGUUGCACAACUAUGGAGAUGAGAAGCAGAUAUGAUAUGAGAGGUCAAAAGGCAGUCAGAAAGGGCCGGAUGGGGAAGAAGCAAGGUUCAACUUCACACUCACAGCUCUGUUUCUUUUUUUUAUCCUGUGUUUAUAAAGAACGCUCAGGAGGCAGCCUUUCCAGAAACCAGAACUGAGCUUUCUUUGGUUCUGUCACCGCCGAUCUGGUCUGACCAGAUUAUCAGAGGAUAAAACUGUUGUGGGCAAUUCAACUGAACAUAAUUUGUGCAACUAAAACAAACCUACUCGGAUGCAAGUAUUUUAUGUGGUUAGUACUGCUUGACCUAUCGUUAAGCUUUAUGCUUCAGAGCUCUUCUAGGAAAUGCUGUCAGUCUUCUGCGGGGCUGCAAAUCAGAUAAGAAAUCUCAUCCUGCUCCGAUUUCGUCAGGAAAAAGCAGAGAAUGGCUCAGAUUUGAAGGUAAAGGAGUAAAAAAGAGAGUAAGUAGCUCAGUGUGGGCUGAUUCAGCCCUGCACUGCAGAGUCCCAUGCUUGCUCUGCACUGUUGUGGGUCUGUCUGUGCAAGGCUGCCUACUGCAUUUACCAGCCUAAGUGCACACUGAGGGGUGUGCCACUUCAUGCACUGAGAUGGGGGUUUCGCUUUGCAAGGCAAUGGCAGCUUUGGAUUUUCAAAGAGAGAUUAUCAGCAGAAGCUGAAUGGCAGGAGAAGAUUUGGAGCAUUCCUGGCCAUGUGAAGGGCAGGAGGAAAAAGGUGCAAGUCAGGUGUUGGUGCCCAGUGUGAGAAGUUAAGCAAAAAGGACAAGCUAUGCCGGCUCACAGGGAUGUUGACUUUACUGAUACGCCUGCCAGAACCUUUAGCUCCGCCUGGCCGUUCUGCUCAUGCCUGGCAGAUGCGCGUGCGUAUGGCGCAAUAACCAGAAGGAAAUGCUGCUCAGCUCCACUCUUUAUGGGCCCGUGGCUACUGGGAAGGCAUCCCUGACGUCCAGCAGCGGCGCUCCAGCUGGCCAUUUGUAUUUUAUUUCUGAAGGUCUUACUGCGUGCUAGGAUCCUAUCCCACGUGGACGUAGGGUUCAAAGGGCUGUGGUGACACACAGGCAAGUAACUGACACCCGUCCAUCACGGGAGGUGGCUGGGCAGCCCGCUGGCAGCACCGUGAGUAGGGGAGCCUGGGGAGGGAGCAUGCGUGGGGCUCUGACACCUCUCCUGGGGUGCAGCCAAGCUGGGGAGGGAGGCAGAGGAAGUUGGGGAUUUCACAGUUUGUGGGUUUUGCUUUCGGCUCUGCUGGAAGGACACCUGCUUGCUGUUAGUCAGGCCAUAAACCAUGGCUGUCUUCGUUAAUACCUCCAUUCUGAGAGUGGAGGCAAUGUAGAAGGCGGUGUGAGGUUGCUUUUCAUCUGUGCAGGCUAUUGCUGUGCGGAUGUGAAGGCAAAUUUAUGGGGUAUCUGUUACACAAGAGCAGAUAGCGACAUCUUCAGCAAAAGGUGGAGGACACUGAAUCCUGACAAUGAAAUAUGUCUGUCUGCUAUAUUAAGAGCUUUACCUUCAUUUCUUUCCCCUUGGGGUUAGCUGUUGAGUGGAAAAAAACUGUCCAGGAGCACAAGCGUUGGGAAGUGAAAGUGAAAGCAAGACUGAAGUGCACCCUUUUGGAGAGAGAGUGGGGUUAGAGCAGAGCAGGGGUUCCAGAUCUAUGCAGGGGUAGCAGAGGUCUGUGGAGUAGGGGGAGAGGGAACAGGGAUGGGGGGAGCAGGGGGAAGAGCUGCUGGAAACUUCAUCUGAUUCUUCCCAGCCUCCUUGCCCAUUUUCCUCUGUUCCUUCUCCACCCCCUCCAAAUCCCACACUCUAUCCAAGAACUCACAGUUCUGCCACGGCAGCAGCAUACCGCUGCGCAGAGGGGAAAGAAGGGGUGAAGGCAUCCAAAAAAAGCUCCCAGGAGUGUUGGAUCUCAUGAAUGUCCUGCAAUGGGGUUUGAAAGAAAAUGAAUUGGGAGCGUUUUUCUAGGAAAAGCCUGGCUAGUGUUACUCUGUAUAAAGAGCACAGCAGUCUGAAGACAGCGGUGGAACAAGCUAAGGCUGGGAAGGGGACUUGUGUCCUUCCUUGCUCUUUGUUCUGGCAGGCCAAGGGGCUGCCAGGUCUUUGUUCAUGGGCCUUUGUACUGCAACCAACCCUAGAAGGGAACUCCUUAUUUGUUUUCCCCUGAUUAGCCUGCUUUGAAUAGCCCCGAUCCCUGCCAAAGCAUGAAGGAUGUCAGAACCAGAUGAAUGAUCUUUUCCCGUUUCUCCUUGCACAGCCUGUUGAAAUUCCUUGGGCUACUGUGAGCAUCUCCACCACAGACCCUUGCAAACUCCACAACAGGCAGGGGUAAGGACGCAGCCAGGCUCUGACCAGUUCUCCUGUGCUUGUGGUGCCUUCAGACCCUUCUGUUCAUCCUCAGAAUGGCGUAUGCCUGGUAUUGGCUUGAUGACUUGGGGCAGUGGAUUGAAUAUGGGAAAAAGCACCCGAUUUACCCCCAUGCCACGGUAAAUUCUGCAGAUCUGGAGGAGGCAUUUCUAGCUGACCAGAGAGGCACUCUGACAUUUUGGGCUGGUUCUCAGAAAUAUGAAUUAAACUUCAAAGACAUGGUCCAAAGAAAUGUGGUCUAUGCAACUCAAAGAAAAGUUAUGCGGCUGCCAAAAAAUUUGUACUCUCAAUGUGAGCUGAACAAAAGCCUGUUUACAGAGCCAUCACGUUCACUUUAUCCUCCAGAAUGGGACCAAUCAGCACUGCCUGAAAUUGGAUACAAGUUGGUAGAUGUUGGCAACACUUCCAGUGAAUAUAGAAGAAUUGAGAGUCUGUUUCAGAAGACGAUGAAAGAUUACAGCAUCUGCCGGCUGCAGAGGAUCCAGAACCCAACACUUUGGCAAAUUUUUCAGUGGCAGAAGGAGCAGAUGAAGAAGCUCCAUAACUCAAACUGGGUGGAUGAGCGGCUUCUGUUCCACGGGACAAACCCAUCUCAUGUGCCAGCCAUCUGUGAGCAGAAUUUUGACUGGAGGAUCUGUGGCACUCAUGGGACAACGUAUGGAAAAGGAAGCUACUUCGCCAGAGAUGCCAGUUAUUCUCAUGACUACUGUUCUUCUAGGAUCAGCCGCUACAGCAUGUUUGUAGCUCAGGUUCUUGUUGGAAAAUUUGUUCAAGGGAACUCUGAAUACCUUCGUCCUCCACCCACACCAAACAAUCGCAACAGACUUUAUGACAGCUGUGUGGAUAACCCGGAAAACCCUUCCAUCUUUGUCAUCUUUGAGAAACUCCAGAUUUACCCUGCCUAUAUCUUGGAAUACAGCAGUAGUUCUCUAUGUGUGAUCCUUUAAUGAAUGGCAGAAUAUUCUUUGUAUUUACACUGAAACACUUUAAUAAAUCUUUUUCUUCAUGUUUGUA